AUGGCGUCACGCAAGAAGGUCCUCCUGAAGGUCAUUAUCCUUGGUGAUAGUGGUGUCGGAAAAACCAGUCUGAUGAACCAAUAUGUCAACAAAAAGUUCAGCGGAAGCUAUAAGGCCACUAUCGGAGCCGAUUUUCUCACUAAGGAAGUACUCGUCGAUGACCGACUGGUGACGAUGCAGAUUUGGGACACCGCCGGUCAAGAACGAUUCCAGUCUUUAGGUGUCGCCUUCUACCGAGGAGCCGAUUGCUGCGUUUUGGUCUAUGACGUGAAUAACUCUAAGAGCUUUGAAGCUCUUGACAGCUGGCGAGAUGAGUUCUUGAUCCAGGCCAGUCCACGGGAUCCUGAGAGCUUCCCUUUCGUCGUGAUCGGUAACAAGAUCGAUGUAGAGGAGAACAAGCGGAUGAUCUCUUCCAAACGAGCCAUGACUUUCUGUCAAUCCAAGGGAAACAUUCCUUACUUUGAGACCAGUGCCAAGGAGGCGUUGAACGUCGAGCAGGCCUUCGAAGUCAUUGCCCGAAGUGCUCUCGCACAGGAGGAGGCUGAGGAGUUCAGCGGUGAAUUCAGCGACCCUAUCAAUAUCCAUCUGGAUAAUGAGCGUGAUGGCUGUGCCUGUUGA